UUCUCUCUCCUGUUCUAUCUCUCUUUCUCUCUCUCUCUCCUAUAUAAACACUCAUAGCGUCUAUACCGGAGUCAGCCACUCCCUCUGAGACACGGCUGCUGUAAGGUUCAGCUCGAAGGAGAUACGCAGAGAGACAGAGCGAGAGAGAGAGAGAGAGAGGGAGAGAGAGAAGUGUCAAAUCAUGCAGAGUGAGAAACUGAAGGUCCUCCAGCAAUGAUGGAUGUCUACUGCAGUAAUAAUAUUCUUCAAGCCAGAAGAACCGUGGAGCAGUUGAGGCUGGAGACAGAACUGCAGAGAAUCAAGAUUUCGGCAGCAGCGGAGCAGCUGGUUCAGUACUGUCAGGAACACAGGAGAGCUGAUCCACUGCUUACAGGAAUCGCUGCAUCCUCUAACCCAUUCAAAGACAAGAAGACAUGUGUGCUUCUGUGAUCAACAACCGCUGUCAGUGAUCCAAACUCCAUUCACCGUCAACAAGCCCGGCCAAUAAGUGUUUAUUAGUUUUGUUUGUGUUGUUUUGUUUAUCAUGAUGAGUAAUAAAUACAACUGAAUGAACAAAUUUACAUUCAUAAAGUCUGUUAGAAUGUUACAUUUAAAU